AUGACCAGAGACAGGUUUGAGAAAAUCUUGCAGUAUUUUCACUGCAAUGAUUCUACUACAAAUCCAGCCAGGGGAGAUGCGAACCAUGACAAAAUACAUCAUGUCCGGCCAGUCUUCAGUAUUGUGCAGAGACGGUUAGUGGAAAACUAUCGACCACACAAAAGUGUCACGAUAGAUGAGGCGAUGAUUCCAUUCCGUGGACGUGUUUCGUACCGACAGUACUUACCGGCAAAGCCUUGUAAAUUUGGAGUAAAAGUGUGGCAGUUAGCAGACAGUAGCAAUAGGUAUGUGUACCAGAUGGAGGUAUACACUGGCAAACAAGAUACAGGGAGAGAAGUGGGUUUGGCCUCGAGGGUUGUAUGGGAUUUGACCAGGGUAUUGUCCGGUAAAAGUCACCACAUAUACAUGGACAAUUACAUUUCCAGUCCCCAACUGUAUCAAGACUUGUUGAAGGAUGGUCUGUAUGCUUGUGGCACCUGUAGACUCAACAGAAAGGGGUGGCCUGACGCACUACACAAAAACUGUCUGCCGAAACAAAAAGGGGCAAGUAAACUCUACCAGAAAGAAAACCUUGUGGCAGCCUGCUGGUACGACAAUCGACAGGUAAACUUCUUGUCAACUAAUUCUGAUCCAACUGUCACAGUGGGUGUCCAGCGAAAACAGAAGGAUGGAACGCGUGCAGAAAUAAAGGCCCCUGAAGUUGUGGAGAACUACAACAAGCACAUGAAUGGUGUGGACCACGGAGAUCAGCUGCGUAUGCAAUAUUCCACUACUCGUCGCUCCAAAAAGUUUUGGAAGUACCUGUUCCGGUUUUUGUUUGACACAGCAGUGGCGUGCUCUUUCAUUCUGAUGCGGGAGUCUCCGAAUCACCAGAAGAAAAGCAAAACUGGUCGGGUGAAAGAAAUGUGUCAACUGGAGUUUCGACAAAAUUUGGAUAAACAGCUUGUCGGGCAGCACAGACAGAAAAAGACGACAUGA